CGCUACACUUUCAAUAUAUUGUAUGAGUAUAUUCAUCCCGCAUUGAACCCCUGGGAAAAUUUGUAGAAUUAGAGUCGAGGAUAAAUUGUGGUGAGAAAAAUGGCGAGAGUUGUUUACAGUUGAAGCGAAAAGCAACACAAAAAUAAAGAACAUUGUGUAAUAACCUGCUUGCACUAAUUUUGUUAUCAUGUCUACAAACGACAAUAUUACCGCCGUUUCAAAUGUCAAUACCAACAAUUCAAAUAAAACCGAAUCUAGCGAAAUCCAUGCUGUAAUUACUCGAAUUGAUGACGCAUCACCAAACCCUGGAUCUGAUGAUGUAGAAGAAAUGUGUUUAGAGGAUACCACAACAUUGGAUCAAAGUCAACCAGAUGUUUAUUCUCCUCCAGGAGAAGAUAAGCCAGUACCAAACAGUGACAUUGUAACUGGUGAAACUAUAGAAACAGAUAAGUGGGCAUUGCCAUCUACCAAAAGAAAUGAAAAGUCUUCUGAGGCUGAUAAAGAAGCAAACAAUAGCGAAGAUAAUGAAGUGUCUGGAGAUGAGGAAUUGAAAGUGAAAUUACCUCCCUCAAAAAAAGGCAUCUCUGAGAUGUCAGACUCUAAAGAUGACUCACAGAUGUCAGAUGUGUCUAAAUUUCAAAGUUCAGAAUCAGAAAUUUUGAAAUCGGAGACAAAUUCUGAAUUAACUGUGAAGUUACCUCCUAUAGAAGGGGAUGAACAAGAAUUGGCGACAAAAGAUGGUGCUACAUUACAGGAAUCAUUAAAACAAGAAUCUACAGAUUGUGUUAAUGAGCGUUCUCAGUCUCCUAUGGAUGACAAAUCUAGUUGUGGCUCUUUAGAGGGUGUUUAUCAAAUAAAAUGGGCAAAGUUUAAAGGCAAAGAAAUUCCAAUUAUCACACAGAAUGAAAAUGGACCUUGCCCAUUGUUGGCAAUCAUGAAUGUUUUAUUAUUAAAAGGAAAAAUUAAAUUCACUUCUGAUACCGAAAUAAUUUCCUCAGAACAAAUGAUGGCACAUCUAGGUGAAUGUAUAUUUGCUAACAAACCACAGAAUGCUACAGAGGUUGUGCAAUUAAAUUAUGAACAGAACAUGCAGGAUGCCAUGGCUGUAAUUCAUAAACUACAAACGGGUCUGGACGUUAAUGUUAGAUUUAAUGGAGUGAGUGAGUUUGAGUACACACCAGAAUGUAUAAUAUUUGACCUGCUUGGUAUAUCACUUUACCAUGGUUGGUUGGUUGACCCACAGAACCAAAGUGAGGUUACAGCCAUUGGUAACUGUAGUUAUAACCAGUUAGUAGAGAAGAUUAUUUCACAGAGAAGUUCAGAAAGUCAUCAACUAGUCACUGAAGCUCUUGUUGCAGAAGGUUUCCUUGAUAGGACAGCAUCUCAGCUGACAUACCAUGGCCUGUGUGAAUUGUCAUCCACAUUAAAACCAGAUCAACUUUGUGUCUUCUUUAGAAACAACCAUUUCUGUACAUUAUAUAGACAAAAGGAUGAAUUAUUUUUGCUGGUAACAGAUCAAGGAUUUUUACAUGAAAGGAAUGUGGUAUGGGAGACAUUAAACAAUGUAGAAGGAGACCAUUACUUUGUAGAUUCUGAAUUCCAUACCUAUACCAAACCUACACCACAGGAACCAGUCUUACCUCCUGAUGUGCCUGUUAACAGUGAUGAGCAAGUUAAUCAUGAUUAUUUAUUAGCCAUGUCUCUACAACAAGAACAACAAAUGUGUGCAGAACAGAUGGAAAUAGCUGAAGCUCCUCAACAACAACCACAACAUCAAAGAACAAAUUUAUCUGAUGCUGAAUUUGCUGCAAGGCUACAAGCUGAAGAAGAUGCACAAGCAGCCCAACAUGCUGCUCAACCACCAGCACAGCAGCAGGGCAACCAGAGAAUGCCACCUGGUGGUAGUCAACAGAGAUCUAGAGAUAGGGAGAGACCUAGGGAUAGAGAUAGACACAGAGAAAGAUCAAAGGAAAAAGAUAGUAACUGUUGCAUUUUAUGAUGGGAGUUUUAUACAGCUAGAUAUCAUUCAUCUCCUAGUCAUAAUGGGACAGAAAUAUACAAGGGAGAUAAUCCUAGUCUUCUAUUUGGAAAGCAGAGAUGGCUCAACAGUCUAGAAUCCAUAUAAAAGGAUCAUUGUUAACUUAUUGUGUUUUUAAUUGUUAUAGAGUAUGAAACAGGCAUUUGAAUUUGAUUACUAGAUGUAACUGAAAUGUGUGACUGCAAGACAUUAGUGAUUUAGUAGUUCUUUUUUCGUUUCAUCUGAGACAAAAGUCGCAAGUGGAUAUUCAUAGGUUUUCACUAUCAGGCAUUAGGUUUACAAUUGUGGAUAGCUGUGUAUUAUAUACCUAUGGUCACCUGUGAUAGCCAAAAUGUGUAUGGGUAUUGCCUAUGCCUAUGAGCUAGUUAUUUACUUUUGAUCUUGACCUCAUUUUCAUCCUCUUUGUAAACAAGAAAUAGUUCUUUUUAUGAGGUCUGUUGUUUUAGUGUCUAAACAUGAUAGGUUGAAAGAAUUUGAUAUUUGAUUUUUCUUUAAGGAAUAGUUGCACUCCUUUCCAGUUGUUUACUACUUUGAUGACAGCUUGGAUUUUUGUUUGUCAAUGUCAAAUAAUGAGAGGGGGUAUACUUUCUAUGAUAUGACAUGCAACAUUUUGUUGGGGUGUAGAUUUAUUGUAAAGAAUAUAAUUAUGUCU